AUGGAGGAGCCUGGCCUUCAGUUCUAUCAGAUGGUUGGUCCUCAUGCUUCUGGAGAAGAUGCUGGCUUCACAGAGAAAGGAGCUGUGCAUAAUGCAGAAGAGCGUUUUGCACUGAGGGUUCUGGAGGAUUUCAGUGUUCGCACCCUGUACGAUAAGCUGGAAGAUCAAAAUUUGCACCUGGCAUCUCAGCUGGCAAAGCACAGGAUGGAUGUGUUGGUGUUUUACAACAGAAUCAGCCAGCAGAUUCAAAGUCUCAUGGACAUGGUGCAAGCACUGGACUCUGAAGCCCUGAAAAUCCUUGCCAGGCAAAGGAUUUGUGGGCAUAAACCUGCAGACAGCAGCCGGGCAGCAGUGGGCGUUGAACAAUGUGAUGAAUGCUGUAGCAACAACUUCCAAGCAGGUUCAUUAGGUGCUCCGUGGCGAGAGACAACACAGUUAAUGAAAGCUCUGGAAAUGCUGCUUGGGAAUGCUCUGUACAAGAAUGUAGCUGUGAAACGAGAGAUGGAGCAGAAGGUCCAAGGACAGAAUGUGAUGACAGUUGUACCCUCACUGGACAGCCUAGCCAGUGGAAGUAAAUCAGAAGUAGUCAAAGGGCAGGACCAUGAGCUGCCACAGCAAUAUGAGCUCUUCAGUAGGAAAGAUUCUUUUUUCAGCUUCCCUGGACAUGAAGAACAUGAUCUCCAUUUGGCUUAUCUGACUGAGUUGGAGGUGGAGGGCCUGAUAGCAGCUUCCCCCCUUGCCAAGACUCUGUGUGAGAUCAAGCAAGCUUUGAUGAAUCUGCAGCAACCUUCAGACCUUGUUAAUACAGACAGCAAACAUCAAACAGGCGUGGGGAGCUCAGCCCUCUUCUGAGCUGCUGGAUUCUUGGGCCACAAAGAGGGAUGAAGCUCUGCUGCUGGAAAUAAAGAGGAGCUGCAUUGCUCAGAGGAUUGAAGAGACAGAAGCAGAAGUAUUUCACCUUCUGCAAAGUAAAAUAGCCACCAGCCUAUUUCCUUGAGGAACGUAGCUUGU